GCGCGGUCGCGGGCGGGGAGCGCUUGGUUAAUGAUUCAGUCGGCCGCUUGGGGCGGUUGAGCGCGGAUCGGCCGUCUCCGGCUCCGCCCCCUCGCUGGAGCGCCCCCACCUGGGGGUACAAAACUGCCCCCUGCUCCUGGUGCGUCCCCAGGAGCUGCCCUGCCGGCUGGGGAUCCGGGCCGCCGCCGCCCUAUGAUUUCCUCAUCAUCUCCCCCUCCACCUGCUGAACUUGGACUUCAGAUCUGACCCCAGACCUGUCCGCUAUCUUGGGAGGGCCCUCCUCCCCUCCCGUCCAGCAAGAUGCCAAUCCUCAAGCAGCUGGUGUCCAGCUCAGUGCACUCCAAGCGCCGUUCCCGCGUGGACCUCACGGCAGAGAUGAUCAGUGCCCCACUGGGUGAUUUUCGCCACACUAUGCACGUGGGCCGAGCCGGAGAUGCCUUUGGGGACACCUCCUUCCUCAAUAGCAAGGCCGGUGAGCUUGAUGGCCAGUCCCUGGACGAACAGGCCUCCUCCUCCUCUUCCAAACGCAGUCUUCUGUCCCGCAAGUUCCGGGGCAGCAAACGGUCACAGUCGGUGACCAGGGGGGACCGGGAACAGAGGGAUAUGUUGGGCUCCCUGCGGGACUCAGCCCUCUUUGUCAAGAAUGCCAUGUCCCUGCCCCAGCUCAAUGAGAAAGAGGUGGCGGAGAAGGGCUCCAGCAAGCUGCCCAAGAGCCUGUCGUCCAGCCCCGUGAGGAAGGCAAGUGCCGGGGAGGGAGGCGAGGACGAGGCGGGCGAGGCGGAGGUGGUGCCCCGGCGGAACGGGGCUGCGGGUCCCCACUCCCCCGACCCCCUCCUGGACGAGCAGGCCUUCGGGGACCUGACCGAUCUGCCCGUCGUGCCCAAGGCCAGCUAUGGGCUGAAGCACGCCGAGUCCAUCAUGUCCUUCCACAUCGACCUGGGGCCCUCCAUGCUAGGCGAUGUCCUCAGCAUCAUGGACAAGGAGGAGUGGGACCCCGAGCAGGAGGAGGAGGAGGAGGAGGAGGACGGCGGCUACCACGGCGAUGAAGGCCCCAGCAGGCUCCCCCAGGCUCCCGCUUCUGCAGGGGUGGCCUCUCCCCUGGCAAGGCAGGAAGGCAAGGCCGGCCGGGAAUUGCCCUCGCGACCCUCCCGCGCUCUGGAGGACGAGGGGUGGGCGGCGGCGGCCCCCAGCCCCGGCUCGGCCCGCAGCGUGGGCAGCCACACCACGCGGGACAGCAGCUCCCUGUCCAGCUGCACCUCGGGUGUCCUGGAGGAGCGCAGCCCUGCCUUCCGGGGGCCGGACCGGGCCCGGGCCACUCUCCCGAGGCAGCCCGACAAGGACUUCUCCUUCAUGGAUGAGGAAGAGGAGGAUGAGAUCCGCGUGUGAGGCCGGCCACCAGGCUCCUGGCUGCACCUUCUCCCUGUGCCCACCCCACUGCGACCUUUGACCUUACCGUGCAGGGACAGCCAAGAGCCUCGCUUCCGGCCACGGACCCUGGACCUUGUGGAUGGGGGCCCUCGGAGGGCUUGAGGAGCUGGCGUGGGUGCCGAAGUCGCCUGAUGUCAUUACACACCCUGCCCUCCCCGCAGCCGUCUGGGCCCCACGCUGUGUUCUCGCAGCAGGGAUUAGUUUUCUUCUCUCUGCCUCCUUUUCCUCCACCCUGGCCUCAAAUGGAUGCCAGAUGUCAACCUGAGUUCCUGCCACGUGCAGCAAUAGCAGGUCAGCCCACAGGCAGCCUGGAAUCCAAGGCUAAGGACACUUGGCUCUCCUUUUCUCUCCUGGUGUGUCUGCUGUGACUGGUGGUGGCUGCCAGGGAAGUGUGUGCAGCAGGAGGAAGGGGGUGGUCACACGUUCCAGCCUCUCUCUCCAUCCCUGGCUCCUGCAAGGGAAGCUUAGAGCCUCUUGGAGUCAAGCCGACCAGGUGGCCAGCCACAAACAUGUACACUAGUAAACGCAGCCCCCUUCCAGGGGAAGACACAGGAUGGGGAAUGGAAGGAAAGCCCCCCGGGCUUCUUGAAUUUUCAAGACGGGGCCCUUGCAGGAUGACACUAGGAACAGGGCUGGGAUACUUGCUCAGUCCCUGUGGGUUUGUUUGUUCUUUAUUAUUGUUUAAAUCGUUAUAGAGCAAUAUCAGGAACAGUGUUAAUAGGUCUGCCACCAGAGGGAAAAUAGAAUCCUUUUAGAAAAAUUUUAUGCUAAGUCUCCUCUUGAAAAGUCACAGUGAAUAUUAGCAUACUUAAGUCUGGGACGUCCUGUGGCAAAGAAACCAGCUCAACUUUAACUAGUGCUUCCAGAUUUUAUUUAGCACUAUAUGGGGUGGGUGUUGUGUGUGUUUGCCCCACCCCACUCCCGUAGCUAUUAACAGCUGAAGACCAAUGUAGAAAAUUUCUGGAAAACGACUUUUUAAAAAUAGUAUAUCAAUUCUGAGGGGAGGGGGAAAGCUGGUGUUUUUUGUUUUGUUGUGUUUUGUUUUGUUUGGCGGCUGGCCUGAAUAGGGAUCCAAAGCCUUGACCUUGAUGUUAUCAACACCAAGCUCUAAACAUCCAAGCAACCAACCAGCCCUGGAAAGCUGGUUUUUGACUGGACUACCCCUUCCCCUCCCCAAACACCCUCUGUACUGACUGUUUCCCCUUCCUGUCUCAGGCUCCCUCCCCCAGGGUAGGGUGGGACAAAGUCCCUAAGGGUAGGGUAGCCAGAUUUAGCAAACAAAACAAAAACAGAAUGCUGGGUUAAAUUUGAAUUUCAGGUACACAAAAGACAAUGUUUUAGUGUUAAUAUGUCCCAUGCAAUACCUGAAACAUACACGAGAAAUUAUUUGUUGUUUUUCUGAAAUUCAAGUUUCACUGCACCCUGUAACUCUACCCAAGGGAAGUGAGUACAAGCUUGGGUGUGAGCCCCAGGGUUGACUGCUGAUCAUUUUUCUGUCCUGGGAACAGGCUGACCCACCUCCCUGGUCUCCACAUAGCCAGUAGAGGGAGGGACAGACAGAACUAAGCGCAACCCGGGCUUCAGCCAACCGGUGGGCCUGGCGGGCGUAGCUGCUCUGGCCUUCCACGUCUUGCCAGAUCCUGACUCUGAGACACUAACUUAGUUCCUGAUUCAGUCAGUACCCCCUUGGUGCUUUGUUUCCAGUAGCUUAGCUCCCACGGUGGGGGAGGAAUCGAGGGGCUGUGCAGCCCCCACCAGCUGCCCUUGAAAUCCAUGCCCAUCAGUUCCAGAUUCUAAACUGUGGGGUUUUUUUCAUGAUAUUGUUAAAACAG